UAAGACAAGUAGAAGGGGUGAGGUGAAGAGAGAGAGAGAGAUAGAGAGAGAGAGAAUGAAGUUCUUGUUCCAAUGUCCAUGUUGUUCUUGUUUUUGCUUCAUGAAGCCCCAAAAAGGUAAACCAAAAGCCAAAGAAGAGCCCAAACCUAAAGCCAAAGUUGAAGAACCAAAACCUAAAGACAAGAAGGUGGAAGAAGCAAAACCAAAAGAGAAGGAAGAAAGCAAGCCACAAUGAAUGAAGAGGAAAUGGGAUAAUGCAACUAUAUAUUAUGCUCAUACAAGUAAUAUUGUUCUUCAUUUACUUAAAUUUACUUCUAGUUUAAAAUAUAUAUUGUGUGCAAUUGCAAUCUUAACUCUUUUGAGAAAAACCUCAUCCUAAAUGUAUUCUUAUUACAAAAUAUUUGCACUUUAUUCACUAUGA